AUGGAUUUCGUCUUCGGGUUACCCAAAGACGCACGCGGGAAUACGGGUAUUCUCGUAUUUGUUGACAAUUUCAGCAAAAUGGUACACCUUGUGGCUGUACCAGAGACAAUCACGGCAAGUGGCUGUGCUUAUGUCUUUAUUGACACCAUCUUCCGACUUCAUGGGUUGCCCCGUGAACUCGUAUCAGACAGAGAUCCACGAUUCACUGCUGAUUUCUGGCGCUCCGUGUUCAAAUCACUCGGAACGCGCUUGAAGAUGUCGACAUCUGAUCAUCCAGAGUCAGAUGGUCAGACGGAACGUGCCAAUCGUGUCCUUGAAGAGAUACUUCGAGGUUACGUACACUCCUUUAAGAGUUGGAGUGAGUUUUUGCCAAUGGUAGAGUUUGCCAUCAACAACUCGGUGCAUGCGUCCACGACACAUACACCGUUUUACGUGAAUGGCUUGCGCCAUCCGCGUGUACCCACCUUACUAGAGUGUAACUCUGGUUUAGGGGGGGGAGGGACUCGCGCGAGCAAAAACCGAUUUGGUUCACGCUCAUCACGCUCUGACGAAGAGGUCAUUGCGUUUGAUGCCGAUAUCGAUAACAUCGAUAUCGAAGAAGAUGAUGCCAGUGAGAGUGCGGAAGCCCUCACUGAAGAAGAUGAUACCGGUGAGAGUGCGGAAGCCCUCACUGAAGAAAAGAUGAGUUCAUACUGGCUCGUGAAACGGUAG